CGUUUUGCUGAUACCGAUGUUAACCACGUUUUUGCUGUCAGAAGGCUCCGUCGUAGGAUAAGUUACAUUUUUAAUACAAACCCUCAGUCAAAACUAUGGAGGAAGGUAACCCACCAGUUGAUGACAACACUAAUUCUGAAAAUGUUGAGAACGAGUUUUCUCUUGAUCCCAAUGACAUCGUCGAAGUAAUCCACCUGGAAGGCGAAGAUGAAGAUAUUUCCCAUGAUGUUAAUGACAUGGAUCUCCACAGUGAUGAAGAGGAUGAUGAGUUUGAUGAGGAGUCUGAAGCGAUGGGAGGCGGUCAGGUGAAAGAUGAUGCCAGUGCUGUGUUCUCCAGUCAUUCUGAUGCUGUAUUCAGUGUAGGCAUUGACCCACAUGAAGGGAAGAUGGUGGUGACAGGCGGUCAAGAUGACAAAGGCUAUAUUUGGUCAGUUACGGACGGGGAAAGCAUCAUGGAGUGUGGAGGACACAAGGAUUCUGUAACAUCGGUAGGCUUCAGUUUUGAUGGGAUGUAUGCAGCCACAGCUGACCUUAGUGGACUGGUCAAGGUGUGGAAGGUCGACACAAAGUCUGAAGUUUGGUCAUUUGAGUGUUCUGACAUAGAGUGGUUACAGUGGCACCUGUUGGCCCCAGUGUUGUUGUGCGGGACCGUCGAUGGAGAUGUGUGGAUGUGGAAAAUUCCUGAUGGUGAUUGUAAAACUUUCCAGGGACAUGGAUGUACUGCUGGUGUGGGACGCAUCCUUCCUGAUGGGAAGCGCUUGUGUGUCGGGUAUGAUGACGGAGCGGUCAAGAUCUGGAACAUGAAAACAGCUGAUGUGAUGAAAACCAUUUCUGGUCGAGAUGGUCACACCUCAACGGUUGUGUGUAUGGACUGUCACCAUGACAACUCCAUGGUGAUGACGGGGUCAACUGAUAUCACAGCCAAGGUUAUCAACUCAAGUACAGGAAAGGUUUUGUCAACAUUUAAGUGCGAGUCGAUAAAGGAGGGAGAUAACUCUGUAGAGGCGUGUGGAUUCUGUAAACAACAGACGUUGGCCGCCACAGGCACUUUACAGGGUACCCUGUGUAUAUGGGACAUGCCAACUCAAAUUGUGAGAAGCAGUUGUCAACACGAGGCAGGUGUGGUCAGACUGAAGUGGGACCCCACUGCCCCCCUUGUGUACACAGCAUGUCUAGAUGGGGUUGUGCGUCUUUGGGACGGCCGAAAUGGUCAAUGUGUUAACCAGUGGACAGGCCACACAGAUUCCAUACUGGACUUUGAUCUGUCCAGGGAUGGAGAAACCUUGGUAACUGUAUCGGAUGACAAAACUGCAAGAGUUUUUUCCCUUCACACUCCAGAUCGAUGAGAUAGAUAGGAACCUCAGACAUUGUUUACAAUCCACAGAGUCGGGACGGAUUGUUUACUGAACAUAAACAAACAGGAUGUUGAACAACAUGUUAUGACAUAAUGGCCGUCAAUACUUGUAAACUGUCAAUGACAUAAUGGCCGUAAAUACCUGUAAACUAGCUGUAAAUAGCUGUAAACUAGCCGUAAAUACCUGUAAACUUUCAAUGACAUAAUGGCCGUAAAUACCUGUAAACUUUCAAUAGCCUAACACCGCACUUACCAUAAAUAUGGCUUUAAUAGGUGUUCUGCUACAGCAAACAAAGCCAUGUAAGAGAUGUUUUGAUCACAUCAGGUCCUAAGGACUGUUGAGCUUAUGCCAUGGCACUCCAUCCAUUUGUCAACUUUUCCUAUAAAUUGCUACUAGUCUUAAACGACUGAGAAGAUUUUGGCCAAAUUUGGUGAUGAACCUUGGGGAAAGAGGAACAAAUUUUUACAUAAAUGAUGACUGGUCCCCCCUUGGGACAGGAAGGGACAAGGCCCAAGGGGAAAUGGAGGUAAAUUUUUUUAAAUUGCUGCUAGUGUUUUUCAACCAUCACUGAAAUAUCCAGGCGAGUGGUGCAAGUCCUUUUGGCCUCUUGUUAUCAAACUUGGCCAAGUGUGUGAAAUGCCACCAGUGCCUGUGUUCAACCUGACCAGUUUCAGCCAAGAGAAACCCCUUUAACAGACAUGAUUAGGUUUGUGACUGCUGCUCACAAAACUCAGCGGGUGUCGGAAUCCAUCUUAAGUUUGAAGGUGCAAAAGUAUUGACCUGAUUGUUGUAUUCUCUGUUACUUAUAGUGGUCUAGAUAGGGCCAUACAUUGUUGUAUUCUCGGUUACUUAUAGUGGUCUAGAUAGGGCCAUACAUUGUUUUAAUGAUUAAGUUUAAAUUGGUUAUAAUUAGAUUGCUGAAUAUUUGCUGGGCAGCUUUGUGGCAGCACUAUAUUUGUAAUUGGUCAUUGUUGUUGGGUCAGUAAUCAUGUCAAAUACAUUUUAUUUGAUGAACAUGUAAUGAGAAUACUAUUUUUUAUACACCCAUCAAUGAGGGGUCGUAUUAUGGUGUACCCCUGCACUGUCCGUACGUCCUUUCGUUAACUUUUCCAGCCUUUCUUUAUCAGCGGAUUUUUAUGAAACUUGCUACAAUAUCUUUGGCACAAUAACCCCUUUAUGGCCAAAUAAGGGCAUUGUGUAGAAAAUCUAAGAAGUUUUCUAUUUUUUAUUCAAUUUGUUAAGAUUUUGUCCACUACAACAAAGGGCAAUUAUGUUCAACAUAUAUAAGGGGUUUUUAUACGCUCGUCAACGACGCUACAUUUUCCUGUGGUAGCUUUUCCUGUGAUGGGUGUAUCAUGCUCCAGCUUGAUGAGCUCUUGUUUUUAAAUGCAAUAAAUUAUUUAUAUAUGCCA